UGAUAGCUUUUGCUUUCCUUUGUUUUCUUUAAUGUGAAGAGUUUUAGCAAGGUGAAAACAAUGUGGAUACCUUGUUUUUAGUUUUAACAUGGUUUUAAUGCAAGUUUUUCAAGCUGCGCGUGGGGGCGAGCGUUCGUUGUCUGAUGCAGACGAUACGUAGGUUCGUUGAGCGCAUUAUGCGAACGUAUCAAAGUCGCGGAUAUAGGGCGUCUCACGGUGGGACACCCCGUAGCGGUUUAACCCCUUGGUAAGGAGCCUCGCGCAAUUCCGAUGGCCUAAGAAAGUGCGCCAACGUCAUAUUUGUAACGCUGUUUUGAGGUAGCGGAAAAAUGAAGAAAUACACGCAGCUUGCCCUCAUUGUCGUAUGUAUUCUCUCCGUCCUCGCGUUGCUCAUUUGCGAGCGGCGAUACGCCAACAUGAAAGUGAUCCUCGAGGUGAUGGACGUCUUCGAGACGAAGGAGGCCGCCGUCAAGUGUGACCGGCAGAUUGAGCUCCUGCGACGCUCCCAGCUCGACUCCGGCGGCGCCCUGACGCCCGUUGUGUUCCCGGUCUGGCGCGAGGUCUCCGCCUCGGAAAGCUGGUCGCUCUUCGUCUACUCGGCGUACUGGGACGUUGCCGAGGACGGAGCAAACGUGUCGCGAAUCGUGGCCCUUGUCGAGAGGGACCUACCGGCCGACCUGAAGUGCUUGCUGUGGUUUGACGCCGUGCACCACGUCCGAGCGGACACCUUCGCGGUCACAACGCUGAGCGCAGCUGCCGCCGGCGAGCACGACUCGACGUCGGCCGUUGUCUUGGAGUGCGCCGUCCGUGACAUUUCCAUCGAGCCCGUCGCUGUCUCCUUCUCGUGGACCUCUGCAUCUGGCCGCACCGACGAUUCGCAGGUCGUCCCCUUGGAGUCGACGCGGCGCCUGCCGGCCUCCGCGAACGCGACGCGAAACUUCAGCGUCUGCGUUCCUCCGCUCGGCUCGACGGUGACGCCGCUGGCACUGGUCGAGUUCGCCGUCUACCACCGCCACAUCGGGGUCGACGACUUCGUCUUCUACGACGCGGACUCGCUGCCGGACGCCAAGAGGCUACUCGCCGCAGUGCCCGGACGCACCUUGGCCAGCGUGAAACUGCUACCGUGGAACUUGCCCCGGCGGUUCGCAAACGUGUCCGAGUCGGCGCGCAUCGCAGACUGCCUCUUGCGAACCAAAAAGCGGGCCCGCAGCGCUUUGUUCCUGGAGAUGAACCAGUUCGUCUCGCUGGCUGCAGCAAAGGACUUGAACCAGCUGGCGCGCGGGCUUUACUCCUUACAUACAUCCGACAACAGAACGAGUACACCAUUGGUGCUUUUUCACACGCACUACUUCUGCGACGAAUUCUCGGACGACAUUGUGGCGAGCUCGCUGCAAAUACGUUUUGUGACCCAGCGUAAGGUCAAGUACCAUCGACUGUCGGAAAAGCACAAGGUGUUCCUUGUCGCCACCGGCUUUACCAAAAGUGUGGUGGCCGCUCUGAGAAGCCCGAAUCAUCCCGUUGAGAACAACGUCCUUGUGCCCGAGCGCUCGGCCGUAGUCAACGUGUACAGGAAGUGCAGACCACUUUUGCCAGUCAGGAACACGCGGGAGCACUAUGUGCCGGACAUGCACAUGACGAACUUCCGAAGUCUGCUGUUCUCAUCGAAAUUGUAUCGCUACUUUGAAAAGCAGCCAUACGCAAGCUUAUUGCUGUAGACUAAACGGAGUCGCCGCAAGACGUGCAUGAUGCACUAGCACUGCGCUGCUGACCUGCGCAGCAGAUUCGAUUCCAGCUGAAAGCCAAAGAUAAACCCGUGUCAACAUCCCUGAAACAGUGCAGUGAAAUCUGCAGUGGCAUAGGUCCUCAGCCUGCUGGGACAGAAGAUGCUCCAGGCUGUGUUGACGCUUUAGCUAGUGUGCGUAGUCGCUGCCAUUCCAUGCAUUGUGGUUCUCAAGGAGACACUUGUAGGACAUCCUACCACUUGAUGUGAAGAUAAGCUGUUCGGGUGUCUUGUGUCUUCUACCUCGUGUUCUCACUCGCGCUAAGCCUGGUCACUGUGGUUAACGACGAGGCUUGUCGGCCUCGGGCGCCUCCUGAAAGGGACACUAAAGGUUACCAUAAAGUCAAGUUAAGGUGAUAACGCAAUGCUCUGGAACGUCUAAUAAUUGCGAACGGAGCUUUAGGUAAAUGCGUGACACGAUUUGUGACCCCCCCCCCCAGCAACAUUCCGUUACUAGUCCGAUGACGAAGGCACUCCUCAUCACAAUUUAUGUCACUGGUACUCAAUUACUCGUAUUAAAAAGGUACGAGACGGAAGAACAUGCUAGUUGUCUACUUCUGUUCGAUUCUAAGAAGAAAUAACAUUUUGACGUUACCCUUCGGUAGUAUGGGUGGUCGAAAGGUUUCGUUUUUCGCUCGACUCGCGUGCGUUUUGGAGUUUCAGUUGUUUCGUUAUCGCGUCGUGCUGUGCUUGUUCUGCAGACUCGCGAAACUUGCAUUUGGAACAAGCGGCGAGAAUGCCACGUCCAUGUGAUGUGGUAUGCGCGAAGGGUGCGCGGAACUUGGCCAAGGGCAGUUGCAGCGGCGAAUCCAACGUUACUUAUCGCUGUGUGCCAACGAGUGAACCUCCGUUAGAAGUGGCGUACCUCUGCCUCGGCGCAUUGGCAAAGAGCCCAAAAGUCGCAUAGUGCGCUCGCUGAACUUUCGUCCAUAGGAUUACGAGUUCAACGCCGCCUUACUGAAGUCGUGUGGAGUGCCUUUCAAAGCAAUGCUUUCCCGUAGCGCUGUUCCGUCGGUCUUUCCUGCAUGCUCCGAAGCGCAAGAACUGCAGGUCGAAGACGGAGCGGUGAGUGCGGUAUUUGGUUUUCACCAAGGAAAAGCUACAAAUGUGCGAAUAUGUACAGCCCUGACGUACAGUUGCCGUCGUAGUAGUACGUAACGACGCCGGUAGCGCGAGCCCAGCAUCGUGAACCAAUUUGUCGUUGUCAGGGUCGUCCAUUGCAGCGAGCGUCCUUAUCGUCGCGUGCUCAAUUUCUUUCUCUAUGGCGCGCUUCCCCUUCCGCCAGUUCCGCUGCAGUGUAGUUCCGCUUUCGCGCUGGAGGAGGAGGAAUAAACAUUUAUUGAUGAGGCAAAAAAAAAAAAAUGGCGGGCUGUCGGCUCUGUCUCGACUCUGUUUCUGGCCGCGCGUUCGCGUUUUGCGCAUAAAAGCCGUUGCGCCGUCUACGGGCGCCGUUACGGCGCAACGUCACUAUGAGACCAUGACGUCACCACUCCUCGAUCGGAGGGCGGGCGAUUUGAGCUGCGCUAGAGGUACGCGGACGCUUCGGAACGCAUUUUCUCUUAAAAUAAGUAUCUUCUUCGUAUGAAACAAGCGUUUCAAGGAUUCAGGGAUGGUAUUUCAACAGUCCACAUUGACAACAUUAACCUUUAGUGUCCCUUGUACUUUGCUAGGCACACAAGGGUCAUUGUGCACUGCUCAAAUGCAUUACGUCUUGUUGCCCUGGCACUGGUCUCGAUUGCAACAUGUUCCGUGGUGGUUCUCUACAUUCCCACAAAAUCACCAGAAAAAUUGUUUCUGUAGGAUUCGUUGUCGCAGGCACAGAUCUACAUUUUGCAUUUCUUAUGAGUAUUACGUAAUGGCUCUGUGUACACUUUUGCACCUAUACAAGGUUAAAUGUGCCCUCAUUACUCUGCUAACUAUAAGGCAGCACACACUUGGCACAUUUCAUUCUGGGGUAGAAAUGUCCUGAUGUAGUGCAUCACAUCAUUUUGCAUUAAGAGAGUACGUUGUGAAAUGUGCGAUAUGUGCUGGCAGCUUUGUGUCGUAUUUAUUAUUUCAUGUACUUGUUUUUCGCAUAGUAGGUGGAGGUUGCUCAGGUAUGCAGCUCUCUAAAAGAAACAGCAACAUUCAUCUGUAUGCUAGUCUUUAUCAUUUUAAAGAAAGCCACCAUGUGCAAAGAAUGUGAUGUUGACGGUAUUACGACUUGAACUUGUUGGUAAUACAUUAUGGGCAUACUAACAGAGCAAAAACAGACAGACGGAACAUGAACACAGUGCUGACUUCACACAGUGAAUUCACUUUAUUCUAAUUCUGGAAUAAAUCGUUGUUGCACUGUGUUUAUUUGUUUUGCCUGUCCUUGUUCGUAUUUGUGCCAUUUGCACAUCUAGAAUUGGAAUCAUAUUAAAUGUUUUAGUUGGUUGCUAAACCCUUGUGUUCGCUUUAGCUUUGUGCCACUCCUGCAUUGUACUGUGUGUGCACACACGCACAGCUAUUUAUACGGCAUUUCAUGCUCUCAAUGAUUGCUUUCAAAAUGCUUUGGCACAUUUUUAUGCUUUCUUCUAAUGUUUGUUUUGGUGUGCGCUGUGUCCACUAUGUUUUACAGGGUCCAAUUUCCGUCAAAUGUUCAAAGGCCAACUGCAAUGAAAUUUCACUUUGUGGUGAUAAAAAAUAUUAAGCAAGCAUAUAUUAUUAAUUUAAAAAAUAAGAAGAAAACAUGGCGUGAGGUGCAAUUACAAGAUCUGUAGUAAUCAGUUGUCAGAGGUCUGAUGACCCAACACUGUAUGUCUUAAAAUCAUAUCUUGCACUGUGUUUCUUAAAUCUAUUCUUUUCUUUCUUUAUUGCGAUAGCAAUUAUAUAGACACUGUAGGCACAUUUCUGCCGCGGGCAUCAUCGUGAGGUUUUGUAUAAAGUCCAAGGGCAAUAAAAUAAUUGCCUCAUGCCGUA